CUUGCACUCUUGGGUUUCUUUCUCAUCUCUGCCAUGUUUGCUGCUGCUUCGAAUGGCCUCUUGCCAGUGGACAAGUCCAAGAUCAGGGGGAUGUUUGUGUUUGGGAGUUCUGUAGUCGACAAUGGCAACAAUAACUUCAUCCCCAACCCCCUGGGCAGGGCGGAUUAUCCACCUUAUGGAGUUGAUUUUCCUCUUGGCUCGACGGGAAGAUUCACCAAUGGGGAGAAUAUGGCUGACAUACUCGGCAAAAAGCUCAACAUUUCAAACUAUAUUCCACCCUUCAAUGAUCCCUCAACAGCUGGUACCAGAAUAGUUCAUGGCGUUAACUAUGGCUCUGGUGGCUCUGGCGUCCUCGAUGAAACUGGAGCCAACCUUUCUUUUAUCCAGGGAAAUGUAGUCAGUUUGAAUCGGCAAAUCAGUAAUUUUGAGGCGAUGACUCUACCAAAAUUGGAGAUGCAGUUGGGACAAAACAGGAGCAGGUUGUUGCCUCAGUACCUGUUUUUUGUGGCCUGUGGAGGAAAUGACUACUCACUAAACUAUUUCCUGAAUUCGACAAGAAGUAAUGUCACUCUUGAAGCUUUUACUGCCAAUUUGAUCUCUACAUACACUCUCGGGCUGAAGAGGCUGUAUAGUUUGGGAGCUCGCAAGUUCGUGCUUGCAUCAAUCGUUCCGAAUGGUUGCGCUCCAGUGGCCGUGGCGUUGGCUCCUGGUAAAGGCUGUGUAGAAAGUAUAAAUAACGCAGUUCAAAUGUUUAACAUCCGGAUAAGGAACUUGACAGAUUCUCUCAAACCUCAAAUGCCUGGAUCUCACCUUGUUUUUGUCAAUGCCUACAAAAUUGUUAGAGAUAUUAUAGGAAAUCCAAGCUUUAAAGGUUUUCUUAAUGUCAAUACUUCUUGCUGUAAAGUUUCUGCAAGUGCAAGUAGGAUUGGGUGUGCAAGAGGAGGGUCAGUUUGUACCAACAGAAGGGAGUUUGUGUAUUUCGAUCACACUCAUGUGACAGAAGCUGUAAAUCAUGAGAUUGCAACCAAGGCCGUCUCAUCCAACCUCAGAGAUGAGGUUUAUCCUUAUAAUGUCCAGAAGCUCUCGCAAAUUUAGAUGUCAUGCUCUAUAUGUUCACUCUGUUCACAAGGCUGCUUUGGUCAACAAAUGAAAACACACAUUUGUUAGGAAUAAUGGUAGCUAAUAACAAAUCACAUU